AAGAGAAGUAAACGAGGCCGCGCACGCUCAGCCGGUGACGCUUCCGGGAGAAGAGCGUGAAGCGUAUGAUAUAAAUUGUUAAGGUUUCGUUAAAGCGCAUUUAAUCAACCGGAAGAAGAAGACAUCCACGCGCCCUCUCACGGAACCGAGGACGUCGAGUCUCACAGAGGAGCAAGAUGUCGUACUCAUCCCGAAGUUCCUCGCGUGCCGCGGACUGUAAGGUUUAUGUCGGCGAUCUUGGCAACGGCGCGGCCAAAGGUGAACUUGAACGAGCCUUCAGUUACUACGGACCAUUGAGGAGUGUUUGGGUCGCUCGGAACCCACCUGGUUUCGCCUUCGUAGAGUAUGAGGAUCCCAGAGAUGCAGAGGAUGCCGUAAAGGGGAUGGAUGGAAAGGUGCUUUGUGGAGCUCGCGUUCGAGUCGAACUGUCAAACGGCAUGUCCAGAAAGUCUCGCUAUGGCCGUCCCAACCGAAGACAAUUUGACCCCAAUGACCGUUGCUACCAAUGUGGUGAAACUGGCCAUUAUGCCUAUGAUUGCUAUCGCUUUAGCAAGAGGCGUGGACGUCGUAGUAGGUCUGGAUCUCGCUCUAGGUCUAGAUCUCGUGGUCGGCGCUACCGCUCUCGUAGCCGUAGUAACGAGAGGAAGUAUCGUUCACCUUCAUACUCAAAACGCAGAAGCAGGUCAGGCUCUCCUGCUCGCUCCAGAUCCAGAACUCCUGUGCGCCGCUCUCGCUCACCUGUGCGCAGGUCCAAAAGCCCUGUUCGAAGAUCCAGAACACCUGUCCGUAGAGAUAGUCGCUCCCGUUCACGUUCUGCUUCCAGACAAAGGGAACGUAGUGUGUCCAGAUCUCGCUCGCGGUCAGUCAGCCACAAAAAAGACAGUCAUUCCAGGUCUGCCAGCCCAAGGAGAAGUCCAACACCGGACGCUGACUGAUCUGAUCUGCUUUCACCCCCAUUUUCCACCUUUGCCUCAAGGCUGAAAGGCAUUUUAUCUCCCCUUUGAUUUCAAUCCUGAUUCUACUGUAGCUACCAAGCUCUUGUUUGUUUCAUUGAAUGAUGAAGCCCUCUGCCCCUCACCACCACCUUGUAUAAAGAUCACUAUCAUCUCAAGCAGCUUGUGUAUAAUUUGUUUUCUUAACGUAUCCUCUUUAUAACUUCUUUUUCUCAGACUCUUAAAAACAUUUUAAGCUCCAUUGUUUUUAUUUCAGUGUUGAGCAAAUGUCCUGUGGUCAGUGAAUUGUGGGCAAGGUGGUGAAUGAGCUAUAUUGUGAUUUAGUCGGUGUAUUAUAUGAGCUGAAGAGUAUGCUGUGAUUUGUUUGGUGUAGAAUUUUUUUUUUUUUUUGCAUUGAGAAUGGCAAUGAUCUUUUUAAUAAAGCUUUACAAAACCAA